AUGUCUCGCCCAGACACUUCGCUGGACAGCAGUGAGAAGGACAGGAGCGCGCCGCUGGAUCAUCCCAAUUCUGACCAGUCCACCACCGAAACGAGGUUUUCAGAAAACAACAACAAUAUCGAAGAUAAGAAACAAGAUGUCGAAGGAAGAAUACCUACCAGUGCUGCCUCCACUGCCGUAGCUACCGCCGAGCACGACCUGUACGAACCCUACGAUAACGGCUACCACUUCCCACCCGCACACACCAAGACGCAGUCGACGAAGAUAGGUGCAAAGGCGUUUUGGAAUUACACCUGCACACCGCUCGGCUUUUUCGUCGUCCUCUACGGCUUGAAUGUGGUGGCUUGGGGUGGUAUGCUGUUCUUGCUACUCUGCAAUGCUUCGCCGGCCAUGUGUUACCCGACAUGUAAUGACAUCAAUUCUCCCCGCCGCAAAUGGAUCGAAUGGGAUUCGCAGAUCUUGAACGCUCUGUUCUGCGUUACAGGUUUCGGAUUGGCACCGUGGAGAUUUCGCGACCUGUACUUCUUGAUGCAAUAUCGCAUUCUGAACAAACCCGAAGCCCUCGGCCGGCUUGCGGGUAUUCAUCGCGGAUGGUUUCGAUUGCCUGGCUCUGACCAACUCCCUAUCCACAUCGGCCCCGAGAACGUCGCUGAACUGGCAAACGAACGGCCAGUGUUGCAUAUUCCGCACCCAGAGAAGGCCAUUCCAAACGCGCCCCUCACAGGUGUUCGGGCCCCUCCCACACCAAUUUGGAAAAUGGACUUUGUUGUCUGGUUCAACGUGUGGAAUACAUUUCUGCAGUGCGUCCUCUCCGGCUUCAUGUGGGGAAUGAACAGGUACGACCGACCCAGCUGGUCGACGGGCCUUUUUGUUGCGCUCGCCUGUCUGGCGGCUGCGAUUGGGGGCUUGAUGAUGUUUUUUGAGGGCAAGAAGGUUAAGAGCAUUGAAGGAGUGCCGCUAAGCAGAGAAGACGAGGAGCGUCUGGCAAAAGACAAGGAGAUGGGGGUCCAACAUUACAAUAACAUUAAGGACAAGAAGCCCAAGGAAAAGAAAUAG